AUGUCGGAGGCGGGGGGCGCGGGCCGGGCGCGGGCCGCCGUGGAGCGGCUCUCGGAGGCGGUGGGCGAGCGGCGGCGGCGGCUGGGCACCGCCAUGGGGGAGGCACGGCGGCAGCGGCGGCUGCUGCUGGGGGUGGUGUGCGUGGCGCUGCUGCUGGACAACAUGCUCUACAUGGUCAUCGUGCCCAUCAUCCCCGACUACAUCGCGGCCAUGCGCGGCGGCGGGGGCACCGCCGGCCCGUCCGCGCCCGCGGGGGGCAACGGGAGCGGCGGCGGCAACCGGAGCCUUCUGCCUGCGCGGUACCCGCCGGCCUCGGGGAGCAACGAGGACGUGCAGAUCGGCGUGCUGUUCGCCUCCAAAGCCAUGCUGCAGCUGCUGGUGAACCCCCUGAGCGGCACCCUCAUCGACCGCGUGGGCUACGAGGCGCCGCUGCUGGCCGGGCUGGGCGUCCUGUUCCUCUCCACCGCCACCUUCGCCUUCGCCGAGAACUACGCGACGCUGUUCGCGGCGCGCAGUCUGCAGGGGCUGGGCUCUGCCUUUGCGGACACCGCCGGCAUCGCCCUCAUCGCCGACCGCUACGCCGAGGAGCCGGCGCGGAGCCGCGCCCUGGGCACGGCGCUGGCCUGCAUCUCCUUCGGCAGCCUGGCCGCCCCUCCCUUCGGCGGCGUCCUCUACGAGUUCGCGGGCAAGCGGGUGCCCUUCCUGGUGCUGGCCUGCGUCUGCCUCCUCGACGGGCUGCUGCUGCUGGUCCUGGCGCCGCCGGGCGGCACCGGGGCGCGGGCCAACAUGCCGGUCGGCACCCCCAUACACCGCCUCAUGAUUGACCCCUACAUUGCCGUGGUGGCAGGGGCCCUGGCCACCUGCAACAUCCCCCUGGCCUUCCUGGAGCCCACCAUCGCCAACUGGAUGAAGGAUUCCAUGGGGGCCAGCGAGUGGGAGGUGGGCCUCACCUGGCUGCCCGCCUUCUUCCCCCACGUGCUGGGCGUCUACGUCACCGUCCAGCUGGCUGCUGCGUACCCGCACCUGCAGUGGUUUUACGGGGCCCUGGGCAUGGCCAUCAUCGGUGCCAGCUCCUGCUUGGUGCCAGCCUGCAGGAAUUUCGGGCAGGUCAUCAUUCCCCUUUGUGGCAUCUGCUUUGGCAUCGCCCUGGUGGACACAGCCCUGCUGCCCACCCUGGCUUUCCUGGUGGACGUGCGUCACGUCUCUGUCUAUGGCAGUGUCUACGCCAUUGCAGACAUCUCCUACUGUGUGGCGUAUGCCCUGGGGCCCAUCGUGGCCGGCCAGAUCGUGCACACCAUGGGCUUUGCGCAGCUCAACCUGGGCAUGGGGCUUGCCAACGUGCUUUAUGCCCCUGUCCUUCUCUUUCUCAAAAACGUCUGCCAAAUGAAACCCUCUCACUCGGAGAGGAACAUCCUCCUUGAAGAAGGACCUAAAGGACUCUACGACACCAUCAAAAUGGAGGAGCGCAAAGGCAUGGGCAAAAGCCUCCAGCCAGUGGGUGAGAUGGAUGAGAACGGCAUGGGCUCUUACCACAGAGACCUGAAAGGGGUGUCUGAGGAGGACUCAUCAGACUACGAGUACAGUUAG